CAAACUUCAGGAAAAACCGGUUUGUAGACAUUCCCUCUCUUCAGUUUCAGUCUUCUCUCUAUCCCUGAUAAGAACAUGCAUUCUGUCUUUGUCCUCAUUUAAAACAAAAUGGAGACCAACAGGAAAGAUUCGCCGGUAACGUUACGCACCAUUAGGGACCUGUUGGAGUCUCCAAUGACCACCGAGGAGGUGCACAAACGACUGACCGACGACGAGGACUCCGUUUCAAGUCUUGACACAGACAGAGAGUCGAACAGUUCGCCGUUGUGCACACUGGAUGAGUUACAAGAGCAGCUGGCAGUGAAUGACAGCAGUGUCCCGACUGAAGAUGAUCUCCGCUUCACGACAGGGAUUCAGGAUAGUGACCCGGACGCGCCGACGAAGCCCUGCCGCUCGUACAUUGAGGAAGCGUUACCGGAUCUGCUGCGGAGCGGGAGCCCACUGCGCAGAAGAGUGUCCAGCCCCGUGUCUGUAACGUUGAAGCAUGUGAAGAAGGAAGUGGAAUUAUCUCGCCAGCGCAGUCUGAGACUCAAGGCUCAGGUGGACAGGCUGCAACAACAACACCAAAGUGGACCCGGCUGGAGUGAAAGCAGAUAUCGAGUGGCAGAGGAGCUUCAGUCUGUUGUGAAGCUCUUACUCCCACUGACUGAUCUGGAAUCAGCAGAAGUGGAUCAGCCGUCGCAGGCCAACCCUUUAGACACCGCACUGCUUCAGCUGCAGAAAGUGGCACGCAGACUCGCCCUUAACCACACUAUACAGGGAAAAGCGAAGUCUGGAGAAGACGCUGCCAUUUUACAGCAAGCUCUACGAGACAGAGAUGACGCCAUUGUAAAGAAACAAGCAAUGGAGAGUGAGCUGUUGAAAAGCAAGAACGAACUGAUGACACUGAACAACCAACUUCUGGAAGCUGUUCAGAGUCGACUGGAGCUGUCCAUAGAGCUGGAGGCCUGGAAAGAUGACGUGCAGACCAUCCUUCAUCACCAGCUCCUCCGACAGCAGCAGGAAGAGCAGGCUCAGAAGAAAUCCAGAGGGUUUGGUGUCCUGCGGCGCUCGAAUAAACCCCUUCCUCCAAAACCUGACUACAUGCCCACCCUGAAACAAGCAACCGUGCCGAUUCCAGAGUCUCCGUCACCCGCAGGAACACAGAGGUGGAAAGACAAGUUCAGACGCGGACGGGUCACUACACAAGAACCAGUGGAGUCUCAACCACAAAGGAUUAUCAAAGAGGACAAUUUUCAAAACGUUUCAUUGGACUGAGGCAGUUUCAGUGAUUUUGCCCGACCACACUUGGGAUGUUGGUCCUAAGGAUGUAAAUAAUUUUUGAAAAACAGUUAUGAAACAUUAAAGGGAUAGCUCACCCAAAACAGAAAAAUUCUGACACUUACUCAUCGUAUAACAAAAGAAGAUGUUUUGAGGAAAGCUGGAAACCUGUAACCAUUGACUUCCAUACUAUUUGUUUUUCCUAUACCGGUUUCGAACUUCCUUCAAUGUAUAUUCUCUUAGGUAUAUAUUCUCUAAAAAUGACCCUUAAAAGUUUGGAACACUUAAGGGUGGGUAAAUAGUGAGUAAAUAUUAAUUAUUGGGUGAAAUAUCCCUUUUAAAAGCAUGUUUCACUUUUGUGUUGAGAAUCUUAAAAGGUUUGUUGACCUACAUGAAUGAAGGAUGUGAUAUUUUGUCUAGACUUCCUAGUAAUAUAUUAAGAAAAGGGAAUAAAGCGACAGAAAUGACAACAGAUAAUUUAAGUCUGAUUUAUAAGGCUCUGUUAUCUGAAUUACUCAGAAUGGCCUGUCCUGCUCCAACAAUCCUCUUUCUUUAAUCAUGCCCAGGUUAAACUUCGCAACAGCAGAUCGUCUUUAUGCGGAAAUGCAUUGAGUUACUUCCAUCUCAUUGGCUGUUUAGAUGGUAACAGUUGAACAGGUGUAUCUAUGUAUUGACAACUGAGCGCAUCCAGUGGAGAAGAAUGAACAUUUCUUGAGAUUUUCAAUCAGGUUUAGAUCAGGACUCUAGUCGACUUUUUAAUUAUUUCACUGUUUUAAGCUUUUGCUGCAUGAUGGAGCUAAUUGUCUUGCAUGAAAACUGAUGUCUGCUUGAGUCAUGAAUGCAGGGAAGGAACCACAUGUUGCUGAAGGAAUUUCUGAUAAACAUUUGCACCCACU